AUGGAUACCAACUUCGGGAAUAGGCUGUUGUCGAUUCGUGAGGCUUCACAGCUCAUGGAACCGCAUCUCCAAUCUUAUUCGCCAGUUGCGCGACUGCAAUUAGCCCGGACCGUGCGCGGACGUUGUCCCAAGACGGGCGUUAAAGAGGAGCAGCACACACCCGUCCAAGGUUGUGCGACCUCUCUUCGAGUCCGAAAAUCUGCACGUCAUAUCUCUGACGGAUUCCAUUUCGUUGUUCGCGUCGAUGCUUGGCUUUCCCAACAGGAGGCUGAAGUGACGAAAGACGAAAAGGGCGAGUCACAAAGCGUGUGCCUUUCGGAGCUGACAAUCCGUGCGCUCCGUUCCGCCUCGUGGGCAGCCUCUACGCAUUGUCAGCCUGCCUCCCUUGCUAUUCCUGUCACUGCCAUAGCGCCGGACCCUACUGCGACUCUCAUCUCAACGGCCUUCGACCAAAGACGUCUUGCUGUCGACCCUCCCAGGCUAUCCCCGUCCGUCGGCAGCCCCUUGCAUCGCGCCCAGCCCCCUAGCCCCUUUCGGACUGGACCAGAGCCUCUGCACCCACCUCAUACCUCGCUUUCUGUCUGCACGCCGCGAGACCAAACGCCGUUGAGCACUGCUCUUUCCUUCUCUAACGCCUCCUACCGUACAGCCGGUCGCUGCUUCCCCGCUCGCUGGUGCGGAGCGCCUGCAGCCCUUCCAAAUGUAUACCAUCGGCGCGAGGAUCCGCGAACCAAUUUGCGUGUUCGUCAGAAAAAAUUGCCUGCUUUGAUACAUCUCUUGUCCUACUUCGCUGCUGCAAGCCCGUCCUCGUACAACAUCACAUACGGUAGCACAGCAGCCGAGCUGUGA